CUGAAGGAGCGUCACUGCCGUUACGUCUCACUGAGGGUUUUACCUGCUGUGAACGAGGAAGCGACAUCUGGAGAGUUACCCAACACUUCAACCACUUUCUGCAAGUUAACCGACAUUUAUUCACGUUUUUUCGACCCAGUUUGUAAACUGAGCGGGUCAAAAUGUCUUCGAUGGACUUGGAGAAGCUGAAGAUGACGGGAGCCGGGAGGGCCAUAGCGGUGCUGACCAGCGGUGGAGAUGCACAAGGGAUGAAUGCUGCCGUCCGAGCUGUGACCAGAAUGGGCAUCUAUGUGGGGGCCAAGGUCUAUCUUAUUUAUGAGGGAUACCAAGGCCUGGUGGAUGGGGGAGACAACAUCAAACUGGCCCACUGGCACAGUGUGACCAACAUCAUCCAACAGGGUGGAACUGUGAUAGGUAGCGCCAGAUGCAAGGCCUUCACAACUCGUGAGGGCAGACUUGCCGCCGCCUUCAACCUGGUGAAGAAAGGCAUCACCAACCUGUGUGUGUGCGGCGGAGACGGCAGCCUCACCGGAGCCAACGUCUUUCGCACCGAGUGGAGCAGUCUGCUGGAGGAGCUCGUACAGAAAGGAAGGAUCACAGACUCUAUGGCCAAGCAGCACAACCACCUGAACAUCGUGGGGCUCGUUGGCUCCAUUGACAACGACUUCUGCGGCACUGACAUGACCAUUGGAGCUGACUCCGCACUGCACCGCAUCAUGGAGAUAAUUGAUGCUAUCAUGACAACGGCACAAAGCCACCAGCGCACUUUUGUUCUGGAAGUCAUGGGGCGACACUGCGGAUAUCUGGCCUUGGUGUCAGCAUUGGCGUCUGGAGCAGAUUGGCUCUUCAUUCCAGAGGCUCCUCCUCGGGAAGGCUGGGAGGACCGUAUGUGUGCCCGCCUAGAAGGGAGCCGCAUAAAGGGGUCAAGACUCAACAUUAUAAUCGUUGCAGAAGGAGCCAUCGACAUACACGGAAAUCCCAUCUCCUCAGCUUAUGUAAAAGACCUGGUGGUAAAGAGGCUGGGUUACGAUACCAGAGUGACAGUACUCGGCCAUGUUCAGCGAGGAGGCACUCCCUCAGCGUUUGACAGGAUACUGAGCAGCAAAAGUUGGUGUGAGCGUGAUCGCCCUGAUGGAGCCUCUCCCGCCACUCAGCCUGUCACAUCGGCCUGUCAGAUGGAAUGGCAACAGUGUGCGGGGUGGACGGGCCAAGGGGGCUCACUGCUGGGGACAAAACGAACGCUUCCAAACAAGCACAUGGAGAAGAUUGUGGAAACCAUCGCCAAACUCAACAUCUCAGCUCUGCUUGUCAUUGGAGGGUUUGAGGGGUACGAAGGUGUGCUGCAGCUGUUUGAAGCCCGGAGUCGCUAUGAUGAGCUCUGCAUCCCCAUGUGUGUAAUCCCUGCUACCAUCAGCAACAACGUCCCUGGAACUGACUUCAGCCUGGGAGCAGACACCGCUGUCAAUGCUGCCAUGGAGGGCUGCGACAAGAUCAAGCAGUCUGCCACUGGGACCAAAAGACGAGUGUUUGUGGUGGAGACUAUGGGUGGAUUCUGUGGCUAUCUGGCAACCUCCACUGGAAUAGCCGUCGGUGCUGACGCAGCAUACAUCUUUGAAGACCCUUUCAACAUCCACGACCUCAAGACCAAUGUGGACCAUCUAACUGAGAAGAUGAAGAAGGACAUCCAGCGGGGGCUUGUAUUGAGGAAUGAAAAGUGCCAUGAAAACUACACUACAGAUUUCAUCCACAAGCUGUAUUCAUCAGAGGGGAAGGGCAUCUUUGACUGCAGAGUCAAUGUGUUGGGACACCUUCAGCAGGGAGGGGCACCUUCUCCCUUUGAUAGAAACUUUGGCACCAAGUUGGGCGUGCGUGCUGUCCAGUGGAUUUCAGAGCGACUGACUGAAAACUUCCGACAAGAUCGCGUGUUCGCCAACUCCCCAGAAACAGCCUGUGUGCUCGGCCUCAACAGGAAGGUCAUCGCUUUCAGCCCAGUCACUGACCUGAAGGCUGAGACCGAUUUUGAGCACCGGAUGCCGAAGGUCCAGUGGUGGUUUAAACUUCGGCCGAUGUUAAAAAUGUUGGCCAAGUACCAAACCAGCUUCUGUGAAUACGUCCCAGGAGAGAUUGAACAUGUGACGCGACGCUCCAUCAGCAUCGACUCUGGGUUCUAGGCUCUCUGAAACUACAGUAUAUUCUCUGCACUUUUUAACCCUUAUCUGCCCCUCCUUUGUUUCUACAGACUAUACUUUAAUACUUUAAGAAUGAUUUUCAAUCUGCUGCUAUGUGUGUUUACAGGACUGAAGUCUUUUUAAAGCCAAUGAUGAUCUCAGUCAGUUGUAAGCGUCAUAGUUGCUAUAGUAUGUUAAAGAAUGUGAAAAUGUACUUCAAGUAUUCAUUUAUUUUUUAUGAACGGGGCAUUCAAUACAGAUCCUUGUGUAUUCCUUGUGCCAACCUUUGUAUAGUCAAAUCACUCAUAAAAAGACAACCAGAUUCCCCAUGAGGCGAAACAUUUGAAUUUACUACUGAAUGUUAUAUAAAACAGAUUUUAUGCGGUGUGAUUAUGAAAAGUUUGCUUCCAAAAUCACAUACAGGUGAAAUGCUCUAAGACAAAUACUGAGCCAGAAAUAAUCUGAUCAGCAGCAUUAAGUAAAAGAGGUGUGUAUAUCCAUGUUGUAACAUGCUUCGUUAGCUAAAAAUAAGAGCCACUACAUUUUGGAGCUCCUAUAAUUUGCACAAAAAUGUAAGUUUGAAUGCUCCAGUGGUUGAUUUGACUUCUGGUUCAUGUUUAACUCGCUUAAUGUCAGAAUGUGACUCAUGGGACCAGUGAGAUGGUAGUUUCCUUUUAUUUAAACACUGUGUAGGACUGAAACACUGCAUCUGUUAUUAAUUAAUGCAAACUCAAGGAAUCACAAAACAUUAGUGCAGUUUAUAACACAACAACACUGUGUAAUAAAGUUUACAGCUACUGUUCUUACAACAGAGAA